GCGGCGGGGGACACGGCGGCCACGGCGGGGUUCGCUCGGGCGGCGGCGGCAGCGGCAGUAGCGGCGGCCGCAACGGGACCUCCAUCCCGUUGCUCUGCCUUUCCCUCCUCCUCUCUUCCUUCCCGCCGAGGGCUCGUGCACUUCCCCUAACGGCGGCCGGAUCGUACGGUCCCGAAGAGCUGGGGAGACGGAAGUAAAGGCAUGACUUCCCGGCGCCGCAGGGAGAAUAGGGUGCAAGCCCAGAAACUCUUUCCCCACCACCACCUGUUGAAAAACUGAUUUUCGAAGGCGUCUCCGAGUCCGAAGAAACGGAAAGUUGCUAGGAUUGGAUGCGUCCCUAGUUCUGCAGUUUUGCACCGGAAAACCCUUACUACUUAAUAUCAAGGAAAAAAAAAACUGGAAAUUAAGCCGAAGAACCUUACUCAGUCAAAAUGGAACGGUUUGUAGUAACAGCACCACCUGCUCGGAACCGUUCUAAGACUGCCUUGUAUGUGACCCCUCUGGAUCGAGUCACUGAAUUUGGAGGUGAGCUUCAUGAAGAUGGAGGAAAACUCUUCUGCACUUCUUGCAAUGUGGUUCUGAAUCAUGUUCGCAAGUCUGCCAUUAGUGACCACCUCAAGUCAAAGACACACACCAAGAGGAAGGCAGAAUUUGAAGAGCAGAAUGUGAGAAAGAAGCAGAGGCCCCUAACUGCAUCUCUUCAGUGCAACAGUACUGCGCAAACAGAGAAAGUCAGUGUUAUCCAGGACUUUGUGAAAAUGUGCCUGGAAGCCAACAUCCCCCUGGAGAAGGCUGAUCAUCCAGCAGUCCGAGCAUUCCUGUCUCGACAUGUGAAAAACGGAGGGUCCAUACCUAAGUCAGACCAGCUGAGGAGAGCGUAUCUGCCUGAUGGAUAUGAGAAUGAAAAUCAGCUCCUCAACUCACAGGAUUGCUGACAAGGCAGUUAUGACCAUUGUGAUCAAGAUUAAUAAUGUGGAGUAUUAAAGUUAAUGUGUUGAUUGUG